AUGGGACCAGUGAAGUUGGCGUAUUGCGAGUUGUACGACCAUAGAGAUGGCACUUAUACUUUAAGUGUUAGGCCAACUGAGGUUGGAAAGCACACGCUGGUCAUCAAAUACAAUGAUCAACACGUACGGGGCAGUCCUUUCCUUAUUCAUGUGUCGCUACCUCCAGAUCCUUCCAAAGUUCGCGUGUACGGACCUGGAAUUGAACACGGAAUUCUGAGCAUGUUCAAGUCAAAUUUCGUCGUUGAGACUCGGGGUGCAGGAGCUGGUCAGCUGACUGUUCGAGUGCGUGGUCCUAAAGGCGCAUUCAAUGUUGAAAUGCAGAGGGAAAAGAAGAAUGAGCGGACAAUCCACUGCAAGUACGAGCCAAAGGAGCCUGGAGAUUAUCAGGUCGAAGUGAAAUGGCAUGGCGAACAUGUGCCUGGAAGUCCUUUCCUGGUGAUGAUCGUCGACACGGAGCAGGAGCUGUCGCGUUUCCUCCGAGGUGAAGCCCCUUCACCCACCCCAGCCACGCCCUUCGUACCUCCAGGCUGGGUAGGACCACCUCCACUGUUCCCUCCUCCCAUGGGCCAACGUUACGGCCCCCCUAUGCCUAUGGGACCUCCGAUGGGUCCUAUGGGCCCACCACCCCCGGGAGCUAUGAUGCCCUUCAACGGUCCCCCACCACCUCGGCAUAAAACCAAAUAUCAUUGA